CGUGGUAGUUGUUGAAAGGACGCAAUAGAGCUCAUGGCGAGCGUCUGAAAGUCGGGGUGAGACUGGAGACCAAAUUUAGACUGUCAUUUUUUGUUCAUGCUAUCCUUUUUUUACUAUCGUACUCUCUACUUUAUUUUUCGAUCAACUAUAGAACAUCUAAAUCUCUGCAAUCCCUCCUUCCCAAUUAAACGAAGCAAGAUGGUUGCGCCUAGCUGAAAGCGCUGCCCUUGAGUAAUGUGCGAUACAAAUGGUACAAUGUCGGGAUUAGCCGAACCCAACUUGAUUCUUACUUUUAUGCGAGAUCAAGAUGCCGGUAACACCACCACACCACCACCAAGCUCCCGCCCUGCGUUUCACCCUGCCAUCUGGGAACUCAAAAGUUUGCAAAGGCCGCCCUUCGGAACUCGAAAUAAUGACAGGAACAUCUUCCGACGGGACAAGAAAGGCGGGGUAGCCGAUUCUGGUUUCCCUUGGCGCAUCACUUUCCGACCACUACAUAUUUCGUAUUUCCAGCCGAACUGGAAGGACGGUCACAUCAAGCGAAGAUCGUUGGGCGCUACUAAUCUCGAGGUAGAGGCUUUUGCACAUACCAAUUUUUCUCAGGGUCCGCCUUGUCACGGUCUCUACCAAACUUCCAUCUUCCAGCAGCAGAUGAAAGGCCACAAGACCCUUUCCGUACAGGAUUCGCAGUCCUAUCUCACGAGUAGAUCAUGGCUAUGGUCUGAGUGCUUAUCUCUUCGGCUUAAGAGUCCCUGUACUGAGUUCUGGUCACGAUUGUACUAGAAAUUCAGCGCCUAGGUUACUCUUCAAUGCCCCAAGACACUUCGUCUUGAAGCGAGGGCUUAGUGGUCUACAAGCUUGUUUUGGGAUUUGUUGUGGGCAGCACCGGUACGCCGUCAGUGGACAAGGCUAUCGACGCACGGUGUGUUCUUGUGAAUGCAAGUCGUGUCUAAUACCAGCGGACUCUUGGUGUC